AAUGCAACCUCCUGAAGAAGUAUCCAUUUAAUUCAUCACUAGAAACCAAAAGAAGAAGGAGAAGAAAAGCCAAAAGAAGAAUAGUAACAGUAGUAACAAUCCAAACAGUAAGAAAAGCCUCCUGCCAAGAAUUAUUUAGAUUUAUCUAAUAAACCAAUUCCACCAGAUACAACUGUGAUUCAUUUUGAAGUUUGCAUUAAUUGCUAAAAAUCACAUUCGUUUUGUACAUAACAUGAUGAACUUAGAUAUGCAAAAUUAUAUCAUGAGUUUAAAGAAGGUAACUUAUGUUAUUAUAUUAUUAUCUAGCUGUUGAAGCUGCUAUUCCAAAUUCAUUUUGUGUAGUUAACCAUUCAAUUUAGAAACCAUCUAUUGGAGCAUUUGAAAUCACUCAUUAAAGUAAUAAAUUCAUUUAUAAAGUAGAUAAAAUAAUAUAUUCUAAAAAGAAUUCUGGUUUAUUUCCAUGUGUUGCACCUACAGUAGAAAGAAUUAAAAGAUUUCUUGAUGAUCUAAAAAAUGGUAAAGAUGUUAAAGGUUAUGCUACAACCAAAGAAAAGAAAUAAGAGAAACCUAUUGAAAAAAAAUCAAAACCAACAUUUUAAGCUUAUAUUAAAAUGAAAGAAGAAGAAUUUGCAAGAUAAGAAGCUAUUAGAGAAGAAAAUGAAAGAAAAAGAAAAGAAUAAGAAGAGAAAGAAGAAAAAGAAAGAUAAGAAAGAGAAAGAAUAGAAGCAGAAAAUAAGAGAAUUGCAGAAGAAGAAGCUGCUAAGAAAGCUGAAGAAGAUAGAUUAAAAAAAGAAGAAGAAGAUAAAAUUAAAGCUGAAGAAGAAAAAAAGAAAGCUGAAGAAGCUGCAAAUAAUCAAUAAAAUUAGGAAGGUGAAAAACCUCAAGAAUAAGCUUAAGGUGAAAAACCAGCCUAAUGAA